CACGUGUUGCGGCACCGUACGACUUCUUGUCCGGCAGCAUCUUCCCUCCUCCGCGAGUUGUUUGUUUUGCGUGCGGUGUUCUUGCAUGUUACGGUCACGUCGUGUGCAGUGUCGGUCUGUACGUGUGCUUGGGGUGGAGCUGUCCCGCCUGGGGGUCGCCACGGAGCUCUCCUCGGGCGCCGCACAAACUCUCCCUGCACCCCGGAGCCAGGCUCCGAGCGCCCCCCGGCACUGCAGCCCCACUCGCCCGGCCCCGCUGCUCCUCGCUCUGCCGCAGGCGGGCUGAGCCUUCCCAGCCGCCCGCCUGCUGCUCUCGGCUCCUGCAUCCAGCCGCAGCCCCUCUGCCGGUGCGGCCCGCGGCGGCUACUGGCCCGGCGCGGCCGGGGCGCUCCGCUUCCGCUGCCGCCUUUCCGUGGCGGAAGGGGCCCUUGGGCGGCGCCAGCAGUUCCGGGGCGGCGGUGGCAGCGGCAGCAUCAGCAUGACGACCCUCCGCGCCUUCACCUGCGACGAUCUCUUCCGAUUCAACAACAUCAACCUGGACCCGCUGACGGAGACCUACGGGAUACCCUUCUACCUGCAGUACCUGGCUCACUGGCCCGAGUAUUUCAUUGUCGCCGAGGCGCCUGGCGGGGAGCUGAUGGGUUACAUAAUGGGUAAAGCGGAAGGCUCUGUGGCCAGGGAAGAAUGGCACGGACAUGUUACUGCUCUUUCUGUUGCACCAGAAUUUCGACGGCUGGGUUUGGCCGCUAAAUUGAUGGAACUACUGGAAGAAAUUUCAGAAAAAAAGGGUGGCUUUUUCGUCGAUCUCUUUGUGAGAGUAUCAAAUCAGGUGGCGGUAAAUAUGUAUAAGCAGCUAGGCUACAGCGUGUACCGGACCGUAUUAGAGUACUACUCUGCUAGCAGUGGAGAGCCAGAUGAAGAUGCAUAUGAUAUGAGAAAAGCUCUGUCCAGAGAUGCAGAGAAGAAAUCAAUUGUACCUCUGCCUCAUCCUGUGAGACCAGAAGACAUUGAGUAACUGCAUGGGACUGAACUGUUGGUUUGAAAAAGCCAGACAAGCAAAGCAGUCGAAGCUUUUUCUCCAUUGUGGACCAGAUUCAAGACCAAUUCUGUGUUCUGGGUACCUAUACAUACCUUAACAUGCUGUGUCCGCUGAAGUAAUUUGCAGCAAAGAUUUCAUGUUUUCUCAUACUCCUCUUACUCAAUUUCAAGGUCAACGUAAGGUUUCUGAAGAACCUGCAAAAGAGAAGUCUCUCCUUAUGUUCACAGCAUCUUCAAACAACCCUGUAUCUGACACUGAGAUAAUGCAAUUUUUUUUUUUUUUUUUUUAAUGGAGAAGCAUGGAUAAAUGUGGAAUUUGCAGAAAUGAAAUUCAGGGAUCAGAGAAUUAAUUGACUGUACAAGCUAGGAUUAAGACUAAGCAAUAUCAAAUCUUGUGCACAUAACCUAUUUAGCUUACUCCCGUAAGCAUGUUUCUCGUCCGUGUUUUAUCGUGGGUUUUAUAAUCCUGCGUACCCUGCCAAGAAACAGAUGCUAACUUAGACAAGAUACAGGCUAAGCCUCAAUGGUAAGCAGUUAUGUUCAAGAUGGUAGAUUAUUUACAUUUUAAUUAGCCACACUGUGUAAUAAUUACUAGGGCUUGUUCCUGGUUUUCUUCCAUCCUUAUAUCCAGCUUUCUGUCCCUUCUUUCCUCUCGCUUUUUGUCCAAUAUCAUUCCUCUUGUUGCGCUCUUGUUCUGUCUGCUCCUCAUCCCUAUCCCGUUCCCAUCGCCGUUUUACUCUCUUUUUCUUUCUUUUUAAAAAGUUUUCUGUGCCUUUGCUUUCACUCCCCCAUUCCUCUGUCUUGUGGCAUGUCCCGUUUUUGAGGCCGUUGAAGAGACAUGAAGAGUGACAGGUGGUCAGACGCAGGUCCUCCAGCCUAUUGCUGUUUUUAACUUCUCUAGCUCUUUGUCCCAAUCUGCAUCUCUCUGUUUUACUCAAUCCCUCUCCCCUCUUCUCCGUUCGACUUUUUCUCUCUCCAUAUGUCCCACUCCCUGUCCCACCUUUAUCCUUCCUUCCUUCUUCCUCGCCUUUUUCUUUGUCCUUUUGUCCUGCUCCCCGACCCUGUUUCUCGCUCCAUCUGACCGUCCUUUUCCUGGCACCUUGGUGUCUCUGCUCCUUGCCCCCGUCUUUCUCUCCCCUCUGCCCAGUCCUCGUCUCCCUCUUUUGUCUCUCUGUCCCUCUGUCCUCCUCCUGCCUCUGCCCCUCUGUCCUGCUCCCUGCCCCUCUUGUUCUCACUCUGCCCCAGCGUCCCGCUCCCCGGUCCUCUUUCCCUCUGUUGCUCUCUCCUUUUAUCUCUCCUUCUCCCUGCUCCCCAGCCCGGUUCUCUCACGCUCCCGCUUCCUUUUUUUAUUCUCUGUUGCUCUGUCCUGCUCCCCGUGCCGCUGUCCCUCGCCGUACCUCUCGGUCCGGCUCCCUGCCCUUAUUCUCUUUUCCUCCCUCGCCGUGGCGCUGCCCGCCCAGGGUCGUUUCUGCCUCUCUGUCCCGCUCCCCGUCCUGGUUUGUCGGUCGCCGUCCCGCUGCCUCUCUUCCUGCCGCUUCUUCCUCCCUCUCUGUCAGGCUCCCUGUCCCCGUCCUUCACUCGCCGUCCCUUUCCUUGCCUCGUGCUUUCUCGCUCGCCGCCGCCGCCCCCCCCAUCCAGCUGGCUGCCCCUUUUCUCCUCUCUUCUAGCGUCCUGCAGCUGGCUCCUCGGUUUUGGCGGCAGCCUGCACAUAGCAGCCCAGCUCUCCAGCAGCCUGACGGACCGACCGUGUGUCUGUUCCACGCCGGACUGGCGAGCGUGGCUCUGGGUAGGACAGCCGAGGUGCCCCAGGGCCGGGCCCCGAGCCCCGGUGCGGAGUCUCUCCCGGAACCGGCUCUGUGUGUGACUGAAUAAACGCUUGCGGUCUCUUUU